AUGUAUCAGACAAUCGUGCUAUUCGUAUUAUUCUCGGUUAUCGCCUACUAUGGCUCACAAUUAUGGCGCGAUCGACGAGUUUACCUCUGUUUACGACACCUUCCGGGACCACCCAGUCUGCCUUUACUGGGGUCCAGUUAUUUAUUUUUCGGAAAAACAACAUCUGAAAUAUUCUACACCUUUACACAGUUAACCCGAAAGUACAGCCAGCAAGGCAGCCCGGUUCGAUUCUAUCUUGGAACAAUGCCAUUUGUUAUUAUUAGCCGACCCGAGGAUGCCCGAGUUAUCCUUAAUUCUGCAGCGUGCCUUGAAAAACCUUGGAUCUACCGAUUCACGCCUCUGGAAGGCAUUUUCUCUCUUCCGGCCCAGAAAUGGCGUCUUCAUAGGAAAAUCAUCCAACCUAGCUUCAGUUGGAAUGUUUUAAAAAGCUUCAUACCUCUGUUCCAAGCAAAAGUGCAUAUUUUGCUGGACAAUCUGCAAAUUAUGGCCAAUCAACACGAACCGUUCGAUGUUUAUGAUUAUGUUUCCGCUUGUACCCUGGAUAUGGUUUACGCUACCACUUUGGGCUUGGAAAUGGACAUUCAACGACAACCGCGUUGCAACUAUUUGGAAGUUUUAGACGAACUAUUCGAACUGGUAACAAAACGCGUUACAAACGUGCUCCUACAUCCUGAAUGGCUUUAUCGCCUAACCAGCCACCAUCGGCGAGAGAGCAAAGCGAGACAAGUUUUUACCACACCCGCCAAAGAAAUACUACGACACAGACCAAUUAAGGAAGAAUAUUCCAAAGAGAAUGCCACGACCACUGCUGAACCUCAAAUCCUAAUCCAACAACUUUAUGCCGCCGCUGAGAAGAAUUGCCAUUUCGACAGAAAUGCUAUCGAAAAGGAACUAAACACCAUGAUAUUUGGCGGUAAUGAAACAACCGCAUCAACAGUAGCCAACACAUUGCUGUUAAUAGCAAUGCAUCCUCCAGUUCAGGACCAACUAAUAACUGAGUUAGAGAGAAUUUUCGGAAAUAAUAUAGACGAAAUUAGCAUUCAACAGCUUCAGCAACUAGAGUACAUGGAAAUGGUUCUUAAAGAAUCAAUGCGUUUAUUUCCUAUCACUGCAAUUCUAGGAAGAACAACGGAGAGCGAAGUUCAACUGAAUCAAUUAACGAUUCCUGCUGGAGUAAAUAUUGCGAUCGAUGUAUUUAACAUCCAUCGCAACCCGCGCUACUGGGGAUCAGAUGCCGACAUGUUCAUACCGGAAAGAUUUCAGUGCUUUGAGCAUAAUCCUGUCGCGUUUCUCGCUUUCAGUGCUGGCCCGAGGAAUUGCAUAGGUAAACGAUAUGCGUGGAUCUCCAUGAAGAUCAUGUUGGCGGGUGUACUACACAGAUUCAGACUGUCAACAGAACUGCGCAUGGAAGAAGUUCGUCUCAAAGCAGCAAUGACAAUCAAAGUAGUGAACAAACAUAUCCUCACGAUGAGUAUGCGGACCAAACAAUAA